UUACGCUUUGAAUGUGUUUGGCGUGGCACUAUUGAAUUCUGCCUUUCUUAAAUUUGUUGGACCCACUCACAAUAUUCAAUGUGAUGUUUAUAAAACUAUUAUUAUUAAUAUUACGUCGCUAAUUGCUAUAAAGCCUUUUGCAAAUAUGGGGCAUUAUGGUACAGGCAAAGCUGCAAGAGAAAUGUUGUUUAAAGUUCUUGCUGAGGAAGAGAAAUAUGUUCUUGUGCUAAAUUAUUCACCUGGGCCUGUAAAAACAGACAUGAUACAGAUAAUUAUUAAAGAUAUCGGUGAUGCUAGUAUUAAACAAACCUUUGAAACCAUGAGGGAUGAAGAUAAAAUAUUAACAACUGAUCAGACUACAUCAAAAUUGCUCGAGAUUCUUCAAAAUGGAAAUUUUACUUCUGGGGAUCACAUUGAUUAUUUUGAUUGACAUUUGGCAUAUUGAUCAUUCCUUGCGUUUCAGAAUACUAGCAUGCAUGGGUAUCUGAGAAAACAUGAAAUAAUUUGCAAUAUUUUAUUGAUUCUUUUUAUAACAUCUCUAAACACGAAUAUAAAUUUGCUUUCAUAUCAUAAAUUUUAUAUUCAUAAUUUGUUUGGAUUAAAAA